CUUGAUACAGUUGGUGCGGAUAAAAAGGAUCCAUGCCCAUACUUGCAGAGAUCACCUGCCCACUGAUGUCAACACUUCCCAAAACUACCUGCUUUGGUUAAGUAGAACUGCUGUGCACACCGAAAACACCUCCGAGAAGGGAAUACUGUUGAGAAGAGCAACGCGGAACGGAUUUAUUCUUUUUAUUCGUUUUACAUUUAUAGAGACUUUACGAUAAGGAUUUUAAUCAGAUGGGGCGUCUAAGAAGUUUAGAGGUAGGAGUAAUCCUUCUCUUGGCACAGGCGUUCAGGUCAGGAUUUUGUGAAGAGGGAGUGCCAUGCCAACCAAGUUUUGGUUCAGAAGUUUUUGAAUUCUCGGUGCACAGACUGCACCUUCACAUGGGAACGAGGCUAGGCAAAGUGCACUUUGAAGACUGCGGUGGCGACAGGAAAGUCUUAUUCCGCCUUAAUUCUCACAUUGAAGUGGACUCUGACGGAACAGUGCGCCUGAAGAAGCCUGUCGAGCUGCAUGGCGGAGAGAGGCAUUUCACGAUCGCCAUUUUGGGCUCCAAGAGCGAGAGCCGGUCGGCCACAGUCCGAGUGGUGCACGUACGCAAACACGGCCAUGGCGACCACCAUCAGCUUCACCACCACGAACUCAAACACCACCACCACCACACCGAUGACCACCAGCAAUCCGAACACAGUGAGGUGGAUGGCGUUCCUGAAGAGCACUCCGCAGCUCUGCCACAGCUGGUGUUUCCACACUCUUUCAAAGGACUGAAGAGGAGGAAGCGGGACUGGGUCAUUCCCCCCAUCAGCGUCCCGGAAAAUGACAGAGGCCCCUUCCCAAAAUUCAUGGUGGAGAUCCGAUCCAGCCGGGCAAAGGAAGUGAAGGUGCAAUACAGCAUCACUGGGCCCGGGGCAGACCAGCCCCCUGUUGGGCUUUUCAUCAUUAACAGGGAAAAUGGCAGGCUCAGUGUCACCCAGCCUUUGGACCGAGAGAAGAAUGAUACAUAUAUACUCUUGGCUCACGCUGACGCUUUGGGUGACAGUGUCAGUCGGGCCGAGGAUCCCAUGGACAUUGUCAUCAAGGUGAUCGAUCAGAACGACAACAGUCCCGAAUUUACCAUGGAUCCGUUCCUGGGCAAUGUAGCCGAAUCAUCCCCCAAAGGUUUUGAAUUCAUGAAGGUGACUGCAAUUGAUAAAGAUGAACCAGGAUCAGAAAAUGCUGACAUUAGAUACAAACUUCUGACCCAAAACCCAGAGAGUCCAAAACCAGAUAUGUUCUUUAUUAACCCUUCGACUGGAGGGAUCCAACUGAAUACAGAUGGGCUGGACAGAGAGAACUUUCGUGAGUACACAUUGAUAAUUCAAGCUGCUGAUAUGAUGGGGGAAGGCCGCAGAAACACCUGCACAGCAAUCGUCACAGUAACCGACAGCAAUGACAACGCUCCUCAGUUUGAGCACAGUUCACACUCUGCAGCUCUGCCACAGCUGCCACACUCUUCAAAAGGACUGAAGAGGAGGAAGAGGGACUGGGUCAUUCCCCCCAUCAGCGUCUCGGAAAAUGAAAGAGGCCCCUUCCCAAAACUCAUGGUGCAGAUCCGAUCCAGCCGGGAUAAGGAAGUGAAGGUGCAAUACAGCAUCACUGGGCCCGGGGCAGACCAGCCCCCUGUUGGGCUUUUCACCAUUAACAGGGAUACUGGCUGGCUCAGUGUCACCCAGCCUUUGGACCGAGAGAAGGAAGAUAAAUAUAAACUCUUAGCUCACGCUGUCGCUUUGGGUGACAGUGCCAGUCGGGCCGAGGAUCCCAUGGACAUUAUCAUCAAUGUGAUCGAUCAGAACGACAACAGACCCGAAUUUACCAUGGAUCCGUUCCUGGGCGACGUAGCUGAAUCAUCCCCCAAAGGUUUUGAAUUCAUGAAGGUGACUGCAAUUGAUAAAGAUGAACCAGGAUCAGCGAAUGCUGACAUUAGAUACAAACUUCUGAUACAAAACCCAGAGAGUCCAAAACCAGAUAUGUUCUUUAUUAACCCUUCGACUGGAGGGAUCCAAAUAAAUUCAGAUGGGCUGGACAGAGAGAACUUUCCUAAAUACACAUUGAUAAUUCAAGCUGCUGAUAUGAUGGGGGAAGGCCUCGCAACCACCUGCACAGCAAUCAUCACAGUAACCGACAGCAAUGACAACGCUCCUCAGUUUGUGCACAGUUCACACUCUGCAGCUCUGCCACAGCCUGUGUUUCCACACUCUUCAAGGAAGUGGUACUGGGUCAUUCCCCCCAUCAUAAUCUCGGAAAAUGAAAGAGGCCCCUUCCCAAAACUCAUGGUGCUGGCCCGAUACAGCCGGGAUGAGGAAGCGAAGUUACAAUACAGCAUCACUGGGCCUGGGGCAGACCAGCCCCCUGUUGGGCUUUUCACCAUUAACAGGGAUACUGGCUGGCUCAGUGUCACCCAGCCUUUGGACCGAGAGAAGGAAGAUAAAUAUAAACUCUUGGUUCACGCUGUCGCUUUGGGUGACAGUGCCAGUCGGGCCGAGGAUCCCGUGGACAUUACCAUCAAGGUGAUCGAUCAGAACGACAACAGACCCGAAUUUACCAUGGAUCCGUUCCUGGGCAACGUAGCCGAAUCAUCCCCCAAAAGUUUUGAAUUCAUGAAGGUGACUGCAAUUGAUAAAGAUGAACCAGGAUCAGCGUAUGCUGACAUUAGAUACAAACUUCUGAUCCAAAACCCAGAGAGUCCAAAACCAGAUAUGUUCUUUAUUAACUCUUCGACUGGAGGGAUCCAAAUAAAUUCAGAUGGGCUGGACAGAGAGAACUUUCCUAAAUACACAUUGAUAAUUCAAGCUGCUGAUAUGAUGGGGGAAGGCCUCGCAACCACCUGCACAGCAAUCGUCACAGUAACCGACAGCAAUGACAACGCUCCUCAGUUUGUGCACAGUUCACACUCUGCAGCUCUGCCACAGCCUGUGUUUCCACACUCUUCAAGGAACUGGGACUGGGUCAUUCCCCCCAUCAGCGUAUCGGAAAAUGAAAGAGGCCCCUUCCCAAAACUCAUGGUGCAGAUCCGAUACAGCCGGGAUAAGGAAGUGAAGGUGCAAUACAGCAUCACUGGGCCUGGGGCAGACCAGCCCCCUGUUGGGCUUUUCACCAUUAACAGGGAUACUGGCUGGCUCAGUGUCACCCAGCCUUUGGACCGAGAGAAGAAUGAUAAAUAUAAACUCUUGGCUCACGCUGUCGCUUUGGGUGACAGUGCCAGUUCGGCCAAGGAUUCCAUGGACAUUAUCAUCAAUGUGAUCGAUCAGAACGACAACAGACCGGAAUUUACCAUGGGUCCGUUCCUGGGCAACGUAGCUGAAUCAUCCCCCAAAGGUUUUGAAUUCAUGAAGGUGACUGCAAUUGAUAAAGAUGAACCAGGAUCAGCGAAUGCUGACAUUAGAUACAAACUUCUGAUCCAAAACCCAGAGAGUCCAAAAGCAGAUAUGUUCUUUAUUAACCCUUCGACUGGAGGGAUCCAACUGAAUUCAGAUGGGCUGGACAGAGAGAACUUUCCUAAAUACACAUUGAUAAUUCAAGCUGCUGAUAUGAUGGGGGAAGGCCUCGCAACCACCUGCACAGCAAUCGUCACAGUAACCGACAGCAAUGACAACGCUCCUCAGUUUGAGCACAGUUCACACUCUGCAGCUCUGCCACAGCCUGUGUGUCCACACUCUUCAAGGAAGUGGGGCUGGGUCAUUCCCCCCAUCAGCAUCUCGGAAAAUGACAGAGGCCCCUUCCCAAAACUCUUGGUGCAGAUCCGAUCCAGCCGGGAUAAGGAAGUGAAGUUGCAAUACAGCAUCACUGGGCCUGGGGCAGACCAGCCCCCUGUUGGGCUUUUCACCAUUAACAGGGAUACUGGCUGGCUCAGUGUCACCCAGCAUUUGGACCGAGAGAAGGAAGAUAAAUAUAGACUCUUGGUUCACGCUGUCGCUUUGGGUGACAGUGCCCGUCGGGCCGAGGAUCCCAUGGACAUUACCAUCAAUGUGAUCGAUCAGAACGACAACAGACCCGAAUUUACCAUGGGUCCGUUCCUGGGCAACGUAGCUGAAUCAUCCCCCAAAGGUUUUGAAUUCAUGAAGGUGACUGCAAUUGAUAAAGAUGAACCAGGAUCAGCGAAUGCUGACAUUAGAUACAAACUUCUGAUCCAAAACCCAGAGAGUCCAAAAGCAGAUAUGUUCUUUAUUAACCCUUCGACUGGAGGGAUCCAACUGAAUUCAGAUGGGCUGGACAGAGAGAACUUUCCUAAAUACACAUUGAUAAUUCAAGCUGCUGAUAUGAUGGGGGAAGGCCUCGCAACCACCUGCACAGCAAUCGUCACGGUAACCGACAGCAAUGACAACGCUCCUCAGUUUGUGCACAGUUCACACUCUGCAGCUCUGCCACAGCUGGUGUUUCCACACUCUUCAAAAGGACUGAAGAGGAGGAAGAGGGACUGGGUCAUUCCUACCAUCAGCGUCUCGGAAAAUGACAGAGGCCCCUUCCCAAAAUCCAUAGUGCGGAUCCGAUCCAGCCGGGAUAAGGAAGUGAAGUUGCAAUACAGCAUCACUGGGCCUGGGGCAGACCAGCCCCCUGUUGGGCUUUUCAUCAUUAACAGGGAAACUGGCUUGGUCAAUGUCACCCAGCCUUUGGACCGAGAGAAGAAUGAUACAUAUAUACUCUUAGCUCACGCUGUCGUUUUUGGUGUCAGUGCCAGUCCGGCUGAGGCUCCCAUGGACAUUGUCAUCAAGGUGAUCGAUCAGAACGACAACAGUCCCGAAUUUACCAUGGAUCCGUUCCUGGGCAACGUAGCCGAAUCAUCCCCCAAAGGUUUUGAAUUCAUGAAGGUGACUGCAAUUGAUAAAGAUGAACCAGGAUCAGCGAAUGCUGACAUCAGAUACAAACUUCUGACCCAAAACCCAGAGAGUCCAAAACCAGAUAUGUUCUUUAUUAACCCUUCGACUGGAGGGAUCCAACUGAAAACAGAUGGGCUGGACAGAGAGAACUUUCCUAAGUAUACAUUGACAAUUCAAGCUGCUGAUAUGGUGGGGAAAGGCCUCGCAACCACCUGCACAGCAAUCGUCACAGUAACCGACAGCAAUGACAACGCUCCUCAGUUUGAGCACAGUUCAUACACAGCGUCUGUCCCUGAGAAUGAAGUGGGUGCCUUGGUUGUGAAAAUGACAGUGACUGAUCGGGAUGAAGUCCACACACCGGCCUGGACAACUAAGUACAAGAUUAUUGAUGGAAACAAUGGAGGUUUCUUCAAUGUCAGUACUGGACCCAGCAAGCUGGAGGGCAUUAUUACUACAGUCAAGGGCCUUGAUUUUGAGAAGAAUGCACGCUACACCUUGUUGGUCACUGUGGAGAACGACGCCCCAUUUGCCACCCGUCUGCCCACCUCCACUGCCACAGUUAUUGUGGAUGUGAAGGAUGUGAAUGAGGCUCCAGUCUUUAAUCCAGUUGAGAGGGUGGUCAUUAAACCAGAGAACCUGGAAGUUGGGGCCGACAUUAUUGCAUAUACAGCAACCGAUCCUGACACGGCAAGAAAUCAGAAAGUGUGGUAUAAAUCGGGCUCUGAUCCUGCUGGAUGGCUCAAUGUCAAUAGAGAGACUGGACUCAUCAAAGUCAGGAGCCCCAUGGAUAGAGAAUCUCCCUUCGUCAUCGGGGGCAAAUACCGGGCCCUCAUUAAUGCCAUUGAUAACGAUGAUAUCCCUGCGACGGGAACCGGGACUCUGCUGAUCGAGCUGGAAGAUGUAAAUGACAACGCUCCCAUAAUUGAGGAGAGCACGAUUACGAUCUGUAACCAGGAAUCUCAGCCCGUGACGCUGUCCGUCUCUGACAGAGACGGGCCGGGCUUCGCCGCCCCUUUCCGUGCGGAACUGCAGGGAGACAGCGGGAACCACUGGACUGUUAGGAUGAACGGCACAAAGACGGGCAUAAUACUCGCACUGAAGACCCACCUGGAACAGAAUGAUUACAACGUUAUCCUCCGAGUGUAUGACAACCAGGGCCUGUUCCAGAACAGCACUGUCCAAGCCAAAGUGUGUGACUGCAAAGGAGACGAUUUCACAUGCAAAAAGCGUGUGGUGGGUGUAGGGAUGCUUGGAAUUCUGGGAAUUUUGGGAGCCAUCCUGCUUUUACUCCUGCUGGUGCUGUUACUCCUCAUGUUCUUGAGGAGAAGGAGCAGACCGAUGAAGGAAGAGCCUCUCCUCCACGAUGAUGUUCGGGGCAACCUCUACUACUACGACGAGGAGGGCGGCGGCGAGGAGGACCAGGAUUAUGACCUGAGCCAGCUGCACAGAGGCCUGGAUAACAGACCUGAUGUCAUGCGGGAUGACGUGGCCCCGACGUUCCUGCCUGUUCCGCAGUACCGGACCCGACCCACCAACCCCGAGGAUAUUGGAAACUUCAUCGAUGAUAAUCUGAAGGCCGCGGACGGAGACCCCACCGCCCUGCCGUACGACUCCCUCCUGGUGUUCGACUACGAAGGAGGCCGCUCUGAGGCCGGCUCCCUCAGCUCCCUCAACUCCUCCAGCUCGGGGGAGGACCAGGACUACGACUGCCUGGACAAGUGGGGGCCGCGCUUCAAGAAACUGGCGGACAUGUACGGCGGCGGCGAAGACUAAAAUCCUCUUCGCCCAGUCGCCUGGUUCCCAACACUCAAGCCAAAUUGGGACAUGGGUUGGGAUCUGAUCUUACCAAAAAGUGGUGUGUCCUUAACUUCUGAAUUGCCGUUAUUUGUUUGGAAUUUAUUUGGAUUUUUAAAUAUUUUUAAGAAACUGGCGGACAUGUACUGCAGUUGGGAGCACUGUGACUGACACGCUGCUCAGUAGAGUAGUGUGGGUGUGUUCGACGGCCACGCCCCCUGCCCGCGUUCCGUCACAAGGUCACUGCGUCGACAGGAGCAGCGGGUAACGACAACCCACUCUUUAAGGAGCUUAAGACCGUUGCCUCAAUAAAGUUUCUUAUUUCGUCAUUUUUUUAAAAAUUAGCAUUGUAUUUUUUUUAAAUAUACAUAUACCGAAAACACAUUUUUGUUUUGCAAUGCCUCCAUGAAAAUAAAUAAACAGGGCUGUCUGGGUAGUGUAGAGGUAUAAGCACUCGCCUACCACCUCAGAGACCCGGGCUCAGUCCCUAUUAGCGGUACUUCCAGCUUGGUCAGACGUUCCUAUGAACACAAGCCUUUCAGUCAUUCAUUCUUUCACUCAGUUGUGGCAAUGAUGAAAAUCUUCCUUUCAUGUGACCUUUCUGAAACUAUACAUCUAUGUAUAGAUAACUAUGUCAAAUGUAUCAUUGUAUUAUAAAUGUAUACACAUACAAAAUAGCCCCACAUGAAAAUGUUAUAGCCCACACCUAUACACAGAAUCUUCUUAUACAUUACAUAGACUACAGCUGUAUGUACUCUCCAAGCAGGUCAUUUUUUCAUACCUUUCAUCCCUUUUGCUUUUAAAUAUUGCUUACAGAGACAGAAAAUGUCUUUGUAAUGGAGGCAUAUCAUUUAAAAGGUAAACUUCAAGUACACGACUCUCUCAAAUGGUGGUUAAGACAAUUUUGGGAUUUAUUGAAGAGGCAAAUAUACCUGAUUGCAAUAAUAAAAAUUUUAACUGCGCUAAAUACACACCCUUUGUCUUAAAUGAGUCAAUAUUUACAUGUACACAGACAGAACUGUACUUGCAUUCCUGCACAACAAAAAGUGUAGUUAACUUUCCAUCAAGAUUUUUAACAGUGCCACAGAAAAUGA